CAUUUUCUCCAUCUCUUUCUUCUUCUUUCCUCUUCUUUCUUCUCCUUCGCCAAACCCCCAUUUUCUCCAUCCCUUACUUCUUCUUUCUUCAUUCUUCUUCGUUCUUCCCUUUCCACUUUGAUCGAGGGUCCACCAGCAUCAACAAUGGCAGUAACCGGAGAUAGAAGUCACCAUCAAAACCUCAGGAUCUUCUUCCUUUUACACAAUGGAAUAACUUAAAGCAAACAAAGGAAUCAACGACUCUUCAUUUCCUUAAUCUGUCUCUGCCGACGGCCUCUUUUAUAAAUCAGGAAACCUUCCUGAUUUGAGCUAAUAACAGCAGUGCUGAAAAGUUAGAUCCUCAUCGAAUCUGCUUUACAUGGAGAUUUCUAACGUUCCUUUAUUAUCUGUUGAAAAUUUUGUCUCUAUCGCAUGCUGUGUGGUGUUCUUUAUUUGUUUAUUUAAAGUGAGACUCAAAUCUUCGUCUCUGUUUUCAUCAUUACUUGCUUUUCGGCCCCUAUAUAAAUCCUCAUUUCGAAACCUUGUUAGAACCAUUCGAUUUCAUAGUUGCAAAACACUUCCAUCUUUUUUCUUCAAAAUGGCCCAGCAGAGCUCUGUCUCAACAAAGUCGGAAUCCGGACCUCCUCCUCCUCCAUUUGACCCAACUGAACCCUCUAUUCCUAUUGCUUACCCUAUCAAAACACUCAAGGACCUUGAGUCCAGGGCCUACUUCAAUUCAUUUCACUACCCAUUUAAUAUAUCCACGGUUCCUCUUCAACCUGCGCCAUUGCCUGACAGGCGUAGGAUUCUUGUUUGCCAUGAUAUGGCUGGUGGAUAUAUAGAUGAUAAAUGGGUUCAGGGUGGAACUAACCCAGAUGCUUAUGCAAUAUGGCAUUGGUAUUUGAUCGAUGUUUUUGUUUACUUCUCGCAUGAUUUGGUCACGCUUCCACCUCCAUGUUGGACAAAUACAGCUCAUAGGCACGGUGUUAAGGUGCUAGGGACAUUCAUUGUGGAAGGAGGGGGAACAGAUGUUCGGGAUACGUUGCUUUCAUCUAAGGACUCUGCUGAAAUGUAUGCGGAGCGCUUAGCUGAGCUUAGUAUGGCGUUGGGAUUUGAUGGAUGGCUGCUGAAUAUGGAAAUCUCUGUGAGUUAUGAGCAAGUUACUCAUUUGAAAGAAUUUGUGAGCCAUUUAACCCAAUCUAUGCAUUCUAAGCUACCUGGGUCUUUAGUUAUAUGGUAUGACAGUGUAACCGUGGACGGUCAGCUUCGCUGGCAAAAUGAAUUGAAUGAGAAAAAUAAAGCUUUUUUUGAUAUCUCAGAUGGAAUAUUUGUAAACUACUGGUGGAAAGAGGAUUCUCCUAAAAGGUCUGCUGCUGUUGCUGGAGAGAGACAGCAUGAUGUGUACAUGGGCAUUGAUGUUUUUGGGAGAGGUACCUUUGGCGGUGGAGGAUGGAAUACAAAUGUUGCACUGGAAGUUCUGAAAAGGGAUGAUGUGUCGGCUGCCAUAUUUGCUCCUGGAUGGGUGUAUGAGCACGAGCAGGAAACAGAUUUUCAGACUGCUCAAAAUAAAUGGUGGGGUCUUGUGAAGCAGUCAUGGGAAAUAGUGCGAAGUUACCCAAAACUUAUACCAUUCCACUCAAAUUUUGAUCAGGGUCAUGGUUAUCAUGUUUUCAUAGAUGGAGUAAAAAUAUCAGAUGCGUCUUGGAACAACUUGUCCCGUCAAAGCUUUCAGCCCAUACUUGAUGUAAUUGAUGCUUCAACUUCACUUUCUGUCCAAGCUUAUUCAAAUUUUGAGAUAGCCUUCAAUGGAGGAGGAAGCAUCGAAUUCAAAGGGACUCUCGAGCAAAAUCGGUACUCUAAAAUAAGACUUUUUCAAGGAGAGGUCACUUUAGGGGAUGUUCCUUUAUUUCUGAUGUAUUCUUCAACGUCAAAUGAAGAUUCUCAACUUGCCCUUUCAUUGGAGUUCUUUUCUAGUACAGAUAAGAGAGAGGUUUUACUUGUCUCCAACAUUGAAGAGCAAUUCUCGACUGAUUUCACUGAAGUGAUUGAGACAUCUCCACUUGCAGUGCCUGGAGGUUCUCCUGAAUGGUUUGUUCAUGUCAGAAGAAUUGAAAUGAGUGGAUACAAACUGACAAAUAUAAAUGUCAUCUGCUACAGAUCAAGACCUCAAACUGGUGUGCCAAAACACAAACCUGGAAUAGUUACAAAAAAUAAUCCACUAGUUUCUGGUUCAUCAACUGAAUACUUUGCAGUGCUUGGCAAUAUAAUUGUUCGAUCUGUUGAGGAACCAAAAUUUCCUCCUUCUAGUUCAUGGCUAGUCCAAACUCCACAUGUCAGAAGGACUACAAGUCCAGAUGGAACAAGGACCCUCGAUGUUCAUAUCACUUGGGAGUUGAAAGAUAACAGUAGUGGUUGGGUAGCAUUUGAACGCUACAAUAUGUAUGUCAUGGAAAUAGCCAAGGAAGACGAAAAUCCCCUUGCCAAGUUGCAAAAUGUUCCAAAGUAUAUUGGGGUGGCACAUGUAAAAGCGUUUUAUGCCUCUAACCUUGCAAUUCCUUCCAGCAUCUCAGGUUUCAAAUUUAUAAUCCAAGUUUGUGGGGUGGAUGGGAGUAUCCAGAAAUUGGAGGACUCUCCGUUUAUCGAUUUGAACGUCUCAUGGUAAGUUGGGGGAAGUGUUUGACUAAGAAGUUCAUGGGUCGUGCAGCAUGACUAAACAAUUCUCCAUAGAAGGAUCUUGUCAUUGUUUUAUAGCUCUUGGUUCUUUUUGGUCUUUGGGUGGUUCAUUGGUUUGCUUGUGGUUCCUUGUUUCUUUGUUGGGUCUUUGUUUGUUUUGGAGCUUGUUUUCUCCUUUGGAUUUGUGUUUGGCUGUAUGUUCUAUUCUUCACUUUUGAGUGAGGUUUGUAUCCAUUUAUAUUGUAUUUCUUUCAUCUAUCAAUAGUAUUAUAUUUCUUUCAUCUAUUAA